AUGUUCAAGGUCCUUGCUGACGACUGGCAUGUUCAAACCCUUCCUAGCCAAGGGCAAAGCGCGAAUUCGCUCAGUGGCCAAGCCAAAAUGGGACAGAAAGGUUCCUCGCACAACGAGAAAGCCCAGUUGGCAGAUACACUAUCGGCCGCCCAUCCCGCGAUUCCUUGGGUUAUCGGAGUAGAGUUUGCAGAUGCAGCCUGCACACAUGGCAGGAAUUUGAUCAUCGAGCAGUCUUCUCUAACGCCUCAACAAAUAAGUCCUUCGUCUGGCAGGUUCAAACCCUUCCUACCCAAGGGCAAAGCGCGAAUUCGCUCAAUGUCCAAGGUUCAAACCCUUCCUACCCAAGCGCAAAGCGAAUUCGCUCAGUGGCCAAGGUAUGCGCUUGCAGGGUCAUCAAGGUACUCGCUGGACAAGUUACAACCAGUCUUUCAAUUCCCCAAUGGUCCGUGUGCCUGGUAA